GGCUGCGCCUUUGAAUUGCGCAGAAAGCAUAGCUAACGACAUGCAAGGACUACUAUCUAUAUGCCAUGGUGAGCGAGGACUUCGACCGAAUUGCGCGUAUUUUCACAAUGCACCUACUCACUGCAGCGACAGAUUGUCCCCGUCAUGCCAACAGCCCUGGUUGAUCGCGCCGGCGUCCCAUACCAAGACCGCGAGUACUGGGUCAGCGUUCUACUCAUGUGCGAAGCGGCCGUCGCAUGCCUUUGUUGCCCGAUUUUCGGUUACAUCGUUGACGUCUCGCCCACCCGCCAACUCCCUUACCUACUCGGGCUCAUCCUCCUCGGCGCAUCCAUGAUCAUUCUUUCAAUUGCGCGUACAGUUGGCUUGUUCAUCGUCGCCAGAUUGCUGCAAGGCGGUGCGACGGCCAUGGUCGCCGUCGCAGGUCUCGCGCUUUUGACAGACUCCGUUUCGUUCGAUAAUCUCGGCCAGGUGAUCGGCUACCUAGGCUCCUCUGUUGCGCUGGGGUUCCUACUUGGUCCGUUGCUGGGCGGGGUCCUCUACGAGAAAUCGGGAUACCAAGCGGUGUUCACGAUGGCGUUUGCGAUUGUCGGCGUGGACUUGCUCCUGCGGGUCGCGGUCAUCGAGAAGAAGGUUGCCCGUCAGUGGCUCCCCGAGGACUCGGAGACGAGCUCGUCAAGCCCCCACGCCAGGGGAUAUAACACCUUCGGCGACGCAUCAGAACCAUCGGAUUCCGAGUCACCCAAGUCGAAGAAACCAGCCUUGUUCCUCAUUAUCCGCCAGCCGCGGGUCAUGAUUUCGUCAUGGGCUCUCCUAGUCCAUGGGCUCUUAUAUUCCGCAUUCGAUGCAACAAUCCCUGUAUUCGUCGAAACCCGAUUCCACUGGGGACCACUAGGCGCAGGAUUAUCAUUCCUCCCCUCGGCCGUUACCGCGCUUUUCGAGCCCUACUUCGGCUACCUUUCCGACCGCUACGGUGCCCGCAAGGUGACCCUAACCGGAUUCCUCUUCCUCUCCAUCCCCCUUGUCUGCCUCCGUUUCGUCGAAUCCAACACAACCUCCCACAUUGUCCUCCUCAUCACCCUCCUCACCUUCAUCGGGCUCCUUAUGAACCUGUGCGUGCCCGCCCUCUAUGUCGAAACCCAGCAAGUCCUCGAGGACAUGGAGCGCGAGCGACCCGGCAUGUUCGGCAAGAAGGGUGCCGUGGCGCAGGCGUUCGGUGUGCAAACCAUGGCACAGUUUCUGGGACUCUUUGUGGGCCCGCUCUGGGGUGGGUUUAUUGAGUAUCGGUUCGGGUGGAAGAAUAUGUCCUGGACGUUGGCCUUAUUGGCCGGACUGACUGCUAUUCCGAUGUUGUGGCUGAGUGAUGGGGGUGAGAAGGUGAGGGGAGAUGAGGAGGAGAGGGAGAGAUUGGUAAGUGGAGAGGAUUCGUAGGGUUUCUCUUCUUCUUGGUUUGGGGGUAUUAAUACUUUGUAUUAUAUGCAUGGUAUGUACUUGGGGAUUUUAGCUCUUGGGUUGUACUCCGUAGAAUGACCUAGAUACUAAAAUUCAAGUUGGUAUACUACAGGGUCCAGUAUGGAUAGGUAGCACCUUCAAGACUUGCAAGAGGAGUGAGUCUGAACGAUACCCUAUCUCCUAAUCUAUACAGCAU